CAACACCACAAGAAACUUGACACUAGUUGACGAUUGAGGUUUCCAUAAAUGGCACUCUAAAUCCUUCCAAUUGGCGAAUUACUGGAGAAUCCCUGCAUCAAUAACAAAAAAAAGUAUAUAACUUGGGAAGAAAAAAAGUUGUCUUGCAACCACCUGCUUUACCCAGUAGGUCUGUUUAACCAAAUACAGCAAGUGGGGACCGAAGCUGGUUCAACAAGUGGUGUUAUCGUUGCUAAGAUUUUUUUUUUUUUCUCCCCCGUAUCAGCACUUGUCCGGCCAGUAAGAGAGGGUUAGUUUGACUCAUUCGGCAAAGCAAGGGGUGGGACAGAAAUGGGUUUUGACUACUAGCUUAUAAACCGAGUGUCCGUUUUCGCUACUUUUUGUAUAUAUACUGAGUAAUUCAUAUACUCCUGUAUCUACAUGUAUGGGUUGUCAACUCUGUAGUGUAUAGGUAACAACGGGCGACAACUGUAUUUUCAUAUCAAUUUCUUGGCACAGUUUCAUACAAUAUUAUUGUAUAUACACAAAAAAAAAACACGGUUAUAUAAAAUGCCUCCACAGUUUCGCCUCCGCCCAGGCUCCGUCUCAGACCUCAACCACGCGGUGCGUCUCUACGAUGCGUGUCUCGGCUCGGACAAGCUGAUCCAGCUCUUGUUCCCGGGCAAGAGGGAGCAGGAUCCAGUGGCGUUCAAGACCCAUUUGUACAGGCUGUAUGCGAAGCGGUUCUGGUCCGUGGAGUGGAUGUUUACGUUUGUCGUCAGGGAGGCGGCUGGUGGGCAGGGAGAGGAGGUUGUUGGGUUUUCGUGCUGGAAGAAGCCGGCGGGGGAGAUUGGCUUUGUGGAGAGGUGGUUUAGUAUAUUUGCCUGGGUCGCCCCCAUAGUGCGCAACUUCAUCGCCCUCCAAACCAAGCUCUUCCCCACCGUCGACCUCUACCCAGCCACCGCCUUUGACCGCUGCUUCCCGCCCAUCGAAGAAGCCCUCUUCGCAGACAAGAAGCCCAAGGAGUGGUGGUACCUCAGCACGCUGGCCGUGCAUCCGUCCUACCAGGGCCAUGGGCUGGGCGGUUUGCUCAUGAAUGAAGGCCUGGAUCUGGCCGAUGCGUAUCAGCAGAAGCAGCAGAAGAAGCAGAAGAACGAAGAUGAUGAAGUGAGAGGGGGGAAAGUCUGGCUGAUUGGCCUGAGGGGGACGGAUCGGUUCUAUACGAGAUUUGGAUUCAACGAGGUCGGGAGGGCGAAUGUGGGAGAGUUGAGCGAGUGGGAUGGAGGCAUUGUCAUGUUUAGGGAGUAAGAACAAAGAAUAAGAGAAGAGAAGAGAAGCGAAGCGAAGCGAAGCGAAGCGAAGCAUUAGAAGGAAAGAAAAAAGCAAGAGCCGUUUUGUUUAUUUCAUCUAUUUCAUACAUACCAACAUGAGCUUUGGCGUCCACUUCAUAGAAUAAGCAGGCCCAAAUGGCGACAUCUAAAUUUCAUCUCCUGAUAUUCUCCAUGUACCAACCAAUUCCAAGCCACCCUAACAAAAGCCAAAUGCACGCUUAAUAUUUUCACUUCAUCAGAAGGCACUGUUAAAACGCCCUUUGCCGUUUUUUUCUUCUUCUUCUCGUUUCCCAUUCCCAUGUCGUGGAUAAAAAGAAGAAGAAAGGACGAGCCCUUUGCAAACAAAUCAAACGCCUCAUCUGCGAUUGUUCCGAACCAAAACCUUUUCUCUCUCUCAGCACAGUCUUGCCUCCCCAAGUUGAAGUCGAACGCUCCUCAGAGCCGCCUCCCUAGCUAGCCUCGUCCGACUAAUUAGCCGAGCCUCGAUUUGAUUCAGAUAACCACAUCCCCCAAGUGUUUCUCGUUAAAGCCAGUUUAUCAGCCCAUGUCCAUCCGCCAUAGACAUUGUAGUCAACUCAAGAUCUAAAAUGAGUAAAGAAAAAAGAAAAAAACAUAAUAAGAAAGAAAGAAGCGCGAACAAUAAGAUGGAGAGAAAAACAUCAAUCACAAAAGUGGCAUAAAGAAAAUCUAGGCUUUUUUGAUGCAACCUUCUUUGGCCGUUCAUCG